AUGGGUUCACCAAAUCCAGAACAUAAAGCUUCGAUUAUCAAUCAUGACGCCGUCGGGCUUGGCGGAGAUCGAAAUUCCAGUCUGGUGCGAUCGAUAAAGACUUCACAGGGUGCCCAUCUGGUUCGGCUGCAGAAGAAUUUUCAGAGACAGACUGGGUUUCCUAAAGGCGAUGUGAAGGAGCGAAUGGCAGAAAUGAGUAGUGUAGAAGAAGAGACGGAUUUUGAUGACCCGGAAGCGGUCGGCUUAACACGCUAUGGAGACAUGCUUUUGGAUGAAAAACGGAAUGUUGCUUAUCAAAAAGCUAUCGAGAAAGUGGUGACUGAAAUGAAGGAUACUGGGAAGGAGGUUCACGUCUUGGAUAUUGGGACCGGAACCGGCCUUUUGGCGAUGAUGGCUGCAAGAGCAGGUGCUGAUCGGGUAAUCGGACUCGAGGAAAACGAGCUUAUGAUCCCAUUUGCUGAAAGAUUAGUUGAUGCCAAUGAUCUCAACGAUAAAGUCGAAGUAUUCCAUGCUGACCUCAACGAAACUGAGGAGGGAGAGCUCGAGCUCGACGACAAGGCCAACCUAAUCGUGGCUGAAGUAUUCGACACAGAGCUGAUCGGUGAAGGAGCUCUGGCGCUUUUCGCGGCGCAAACCCGGGAGUUACGGACUGACGAUUGUCGAUUUAUACCGGCAAAGGCGAGGAUCUACAUCACACUGCUCGAGAGUCCAUAUUUGAGGAAAUUUUCUGCACUUCCCGAGCUUCCCGGACAUCCUGAAAGACCCGAAUUUCUCGACUGUCUUUCUGGGUCGAACAUUUUCGAGGUUCAGUACAAUGCUAUCAAUCAUGAAGGUCUACGGGAGAUUGGAAAAACGGUGGAAGCAUUUUGCUUUGAUUUCGAACAUGGCGAAUCGAGCAAGCAAGCUGAUAGAGUGAUAGACGUCCAUGUAACUUCCGACGGCCAGGUCGAUGGCAUACUUUUUUGGUGGGAGCUUGACAUGGACGGUAGCGGGCAAAUUCUGUUGAGCACUGAUCCGAAGAAAAACGAGUGGAGAGACCACUGGCUGCAGGCGAUUCAUUUUCUGCCCGGGAAAUGCGUUGUCGAAAAAGACCAAGUGCUAAAGAUUCAUGCAGCGCAUGACGAAUAUUCAUUUUCCUUUAAAGUUGCAGCUAAUCCGCCUGAAAAAGGUCCAAUCGAUCGAGCCUUAUUUUGCCAAUGCGAUCUACACAAUCAUGUAUCACCACCGGAAAUCUACCGAAUGAAUGCUCUUAUCGAUUGCCCGAAAACGCCUGCUUGGCUGGAAAAGAUCUGCACCGGAAAGAAGAUUGUCUGUGCAGGUGAAAGUCCACUAUUUCCGCUUCUCGCCGCCAAAUACGCAACAAAAGUCUACGCCGUGUUAGAACUUGAUGGGGCUCGAAACAUCUUGGAAAAAUACAGAGUAGCCUAUGGGCUUGACAACGUCGAAUUGGUCGAAGGAUACGACGAUAUUCUUGAAAAUGUGGACGUCCUAUGCUUCGAUCCAAUUUCUUCAAUGCGAACAGCCGUUCCUCUAAAUGUCCAAUUUUGGCCGGAAGCAGAGCUAGUCCAGCGGAGAUGGCCACGAGUUGAAAUCUACCCCAAGAGCGCAAAACUUCGGAGUCUCGCUAUGAACCUUCCGAAUUUGUGCAAAACUGUUGGCUCGGUCAAGGAAAUACAGGGCUUUGACUUCAGGAUCUAUGAUAGGUGGCUGAAGAAAGCUCGAGCCCAGCUUGACGAAUGCGUAAACAAUUUUCCGUUAUGGCAAUAUGAAGGGAAACCUACGUCCACCCCAGUUACUAUUUUUCAGUUCGAUUUCCCUCCACAGUUGAGCGUCAUGGAAGUGAAGGUUAAAAUGGCGCUUGGCGAAAAGCCGAAUUCCGUUGCUUUAUGGUUAGACUGGGAAUUGGAUGAUGGUUUCAACCACAGUAAUGGAUUAAAUGAUUUCUCUGCUCAAGACACUCCGAAAUGGUAUGAAGCCGAGCAAGGAGUCUACUUCAUCCCGGAAGAUCGUCAAGACCAGAAAGAGCUUCAAGUCACCAUGCGUUUCAACGAUGGAAGAAUUGAUUUUUCAUUC